GUACGUAGUAAAGGAUUCGCUGUACUUAAGACAUUCUUCUGUGUAAAGUUAAAGCGCUGAAGAACUGCUGUGCAAAAACAUGCCUCUCAUUACUGGUAACGCCCCCCAGUCCUCGCUUGUUCGUGGCUGAUUCUGUGAAUGGCGUGCCGGAGAGGAGCGUUGAUAGUUCUGGAAGGCGUGGAUCGUGCAGGGAAAACCACACAAUGCAAGAAGCUUGUGCAGGCACUGCAGCAGAGCGGACAGCGGGCUGAGAUGCUCAGGUUCCCGGACAGGACCACGGAAAUUGGGCAGCUGAUAAACUCCUACUUGGAGAAAAAGAGCGACCUGGAAGACCACACCAUCCACCUUCUCUUCUCUGCAAACCGCUGGGAGCAAGUACCUCUGAUUAAAGAAAAACUGGAGCAGGGAGUGCAUCUCAUAGUGGACAGAUACGCAUUUUCAGGGGUGGCUUUCACAAGUGCCAAGCCGGGGAUGAGUGUGGACUGGUGUAAGUUCCCGGAUGUGGGUCUCCCGAAGCCAGAUCUGGUUCUCUUCCUGCAGCUCAGCCCCACGGAGGCGGCGCGGCGUGGGCAGUUUGGCGUUGAGCGCUACGAGAACACCGACUUCCAGAAGGCGGUGCAGGCGCGCUUCCAGCAGCUUAUGAGGGACCGCAGCGUCAACUGGGAGGUGAUUGACGCGUGCAGGAGCGUAGAAGAUUUGCACAAGGAGAUCAAGUCUCGCAGCAAAGCCGCCAUGGACACUGCCGCAUGCCAGCCUAUCGGAGAGCUGUGGAAAUAAGGCUAAGCCAAUCCCAGACCUGGAAAUAAUUUACCUCGGUGUUCCAGGCACAUGCAUUACAAAUACUAUUAUUUGUUUAUUUAGCAAACGCCUUUAUCCAAGGUGACAUAGAGAGACUAGGGUGUGUGAACUAUGCAUCAACUGCAGAGACACUUACAACAUCUCACCCUAAAGACAGAGCACAAGGAGGUUUAGUGACUUGAUCAGGGUCACAAUGAGUCAGUGGCUGAGGUGGGAUUUGAACCGGGACCCUCCUGGUUACAAGCCCUUUUCUUUAACCACUGGACCACACCGCCUCACUGCAUUUACAGUUUACAUUUACAUUUCGAUUACUUUCGGCAUACUAACUAAUAGGUCAUUUUACAGCUCCUGAGGUCUUAGCUGAUCUCAAGAGUAGUGAAUCUAAAUACAGCUGCUGCAGAGAUCAAUAAAGUGCAUGGAAAUCCCUUUGUCAAACCAGGUGGGAGAGAGGGCAUGGUUGCUUAAACAGGUUUGUAGGGGGCUUGCACUGACAGCCAAUAAUUUUUUUCCCAGAUGACCUGUUUAGAUUAGCUGUACCAGUAUCAAUAAAAAAAAGAUUACUGGAUAUUGGUCUGUUUUAGAUGACUAAUAUAACCUUUAUCUGAUUCACUGUUCAGAUAGAAUGUGGUGUUUCCAGGAUCGUAACUGCAAACUUUGGCUCAUUCUGGGUAGAGGGCAAUGGGUGGGGGGGUGACUGAGUGGAAUAUAAGAAAUGAUCCUCAUCAGAGUGGAUGGGGGGAGGGGUUGGGAAGACACCUAGAAAACAAUUACUGGUAAGUAUAAGAUGUUUAGUAUGUGUUCAGACGCACAAACAGAAGGUAAUCACUGUGGUAUCUUUUAGGUUGGUACAUUCCAUGUUGCUGUCGUCAUGCUUUUUUAUGUUACCACUGGGUUUUUUUUUUUUUUACCUUCUAAACGCAGGUUUAAUUUUAUUAUAACCCUAUUGCAGUCUCUUUUUCAGGAUAAUUUGUGGCAACCCAACCAAUACUUGCCACUGUUUUACUGUGAGGUCCCUUUUAAAAUGUCCAACAGUCCUAACCUCCCUGAAAUUUUUGUUGUACUUUUUAUUGAUCUGUAAAGGUUACUUUUCUUAUAGCUCAUCUCUUCAGCUUGGACACAGAAAUAAUAUGAAAACUUACUGUUACAACUUACCAGUUUAGGAAAGAACAUGAAACUGUUAUAAGUGUAUGCUUAAACAUGUAAAUCAGAUACUGUUAUUUGAUCGUAAGUAUGUUGGAAUUCACGUUAUUCUAAACCAGAUAGUGGUCUGAAACUUGAACACACUAUGAUGCUUUUACUUGUACAGUAUUUUGAAAGUGAUUCCUUUAGUUGUAUGUAGGAACAGUAAAAUGGGUUGAACAGCCAUCUGUGUUAGUUAUGGAAAACGUUAUGCAAGAUUGCUGUUGAACAGUCAUGACAAUGAAUGGAAGUUUUUCAAAAAAAAUGUAAACACUUUUUCUAAAAAUAUGACAGAUGUAACUGAUGAACUUGGAAAUGUGAAAAUCUAUAAAAAUGGUUACUGUCUUCGGGCAAAGAGAAAUCUUAGAAAUGUAAUAAUAAAUGUAAACUGUGUUUUGAGAAGACAUAGAUACUUUUAAGAACAUGAGAACAAAACUUACAAAUGAGAGGAGGCCAUUUGGCCCCUCUAAGCUCAUCCAGUUCCUAGUAGCUGAAUGAUCGCAGAACUUUGUCAAGUUGGGUCUUAAAGGAACCAAGUGAUUCUGCCUCAACAACAUGACUAACCCAUUCCAUACCCUCACUAUUCUCUGUGCGAAGAAGUGUCUCCUUCCAUCUGUCCUAAGUCUAUCUCCAGUUAUUGCCUUCUAAAAUGUUUUCUAUUUCAGAUGUGUAUUAAUGAGUGAGCUGAUUCACUAAGUCGUAACUCAAAACGUUUAUUUUCUAGGAAAGACAAACAACUGGGGACAGGUCAUUUAUUGUUCAUUAAUACUGUAUAUUGGUAUCCAUGAAAACAGCAUUGUGUCUUCAAUGAAGUCAUUGAAAAAGACAAAAGAGUGAUUUUUAGUUUCUUUUGGUAUUUCUAAAUUCUUCAGAAGGUAGAAGAUUUUAAAAAGCAAGAUGUCCUACAAGUGCUAUACAUUUAUUACCAAGACAUUUUACUGUAACGAGGGAAUGAUCUGUACAGGGCUGCCAACAUAUUUAUAAACACAGCAGUGAAUGAAUGAAUGAAUGCCCCAUCCUGUUGCUGGAUAUUCUAAGAGAAUUGAUAUAGUGUGGGUUACUGCUAGGUGGCUUGCUCAUACUGUGUUAUGUAAAGCAAUUGUAGCUAACAAAAUAGUUUCUUAAAGUUUCACUGCCUUGCAUAUCAAUUAAUUAUAAAGGUCUCAAAAGUGUGGUUUUGAAAGAAACACAUUUGAGCAAAUGUGUAUCUGGUACUACAGUAGGUUAAAUAAAUCUGUUUCCAACCAGGCUUUUAGUCUUGCA